AGCCUGUUUCUAAGAUGGCGCCUAUGACGGCUUCCUCCCUCCCGUUCCGCUGUUCUGCCCGAUUCAAUCAUGGCGGCCGCAAGUGCCCAUUUCCAAAAUGGCGCCUCUGCGGCUUCAGCCGUGUCCGAGGCCGAAUUAGCUUGGGUACCUUCCCCCUCGUUCGCCAGAUUCGGGCAUGGCGGCCAUGAGCCUCUUGCUGCGAGCUGCGGUGGCUUUGGGGUCCCGGCGACCCUUGGCUUGCUCAGCGGUCUGGGGUCGCGUCCCCCUGCUGGGCAGGGCUGUCUCUCGCUCUGGAGUAAUCGCUCCAGUGCGCCACAGCAGUCAUGGGAAAAGAAUGUUUGUCAUCAAGGCGACAGAGUUUUAUGAUAAGCGGUUCCUGCGCUUGUUGAGAUUCUAUGUUUUGUUAACUGGAAUACCCAUAGCUAUCUUUGUAACACUUGUCAAUAUCUUCAUUGGUGAAGCUGAACUGGCUGAGAUCCCAGAAGGUUAUAUCCCAGAGCAUUGGGAGUACCAUAGGCAUCCCAUAACUAGGUGGAUUGCACGCAAUCUUUUGGACCCGCCCGAAAAGGAAUAUGAAAAGAUCUUGGCUUGGCUUCAGAUUGAAACUGAGAAAAUUGAUUUAAGGAAGAAGGAGAAGGAAGUUAAUUGGUUAAUGAAGAAAAGGGGGGAUGGACCGUGGUUUCAGUAUGAUACCAUCAGCACAAGUCUUAUUGAUUACGAUCCAAAAUCCACACCUGACAACUGAGUUUUUCAGCCCUCUGCCUCAAAAGGGAUGUACCUGAAAGUGCAGCCGAAUUAUGUAAUAUACAUCUGACUUAAUAACUCAAAUAAAAAAAAAUAUUUCCAA